CACUAGAGGGCAUUAAAGUAGUCUUUAAAAAUGUUAGUUGAAACCUGUCGAAAAUGAUGGAUUUGGUUUUACAAAUUGUUAGAACUUUAGUUAAAUUGAAAUGAAAUUAGUUAAUCACGAUGAUUCAAUAGUUAGGUUGUGUAAAUAAAUAUCAAAACGGGGUAGGACGUAUAUUUUUAACUAUAAAAGUCAUAAGACUUGUGUCAUCUGACUGCUGUUCCUUCAAGAUGGCUCCUCCGCCGGAGUAUGAUAAGGAACCUAAAGCCCCAGAUAAAAGUGCCACUAGCAUCCUAAAUGAAGACUCGAAAGCCAACAAUUUGCUUUUUGACGUGCAAAUCAAUUCAGACCAUAAACCCGUAAAUUCGGCUAGCAACAGCGAAGUUGAGAAUAACAAACACGUUGAAACUCUGGACGACGGUCAACUACGCGCCCUUCUAGAUGAAGCUAUCCAAUACAAAUGCCCCAAAGACCGCGAGGGUAAAAGUAGUCUCUUCCAAGAGCUUCUCGAAGAAGUGGAGCAAGACGAAGCGUGCGAAGCGGCCCGCAGUUUCGGCCCCCGGGGAGUGGUGCGCGAUGCUCGCGGGCGGCUUGCGUUAUCGCAUGCCAACUCGAUGCAGGACCUAGUGGCAGCCCUGGCGGGCGAGUCUCCCCAGCGGCCGAUACGACACCAACCGCCGCAGCGCGCGCAUGCGUCUGUUUCAGAGCGUGCCACGCAUGGCGGCAGUCUACCAUCUGGAGUUGACACCUCGUUCCACGCGGCGGAGGAGCCGGUGUCGGGCGGCGGGUACCUGGCGACGGUCCGCUGCGUCAACCCGCCGCCGCUCGCUGAACGCCGCGUGUCCGCCAGCGACGCCAAUUGUCCAGCUGAACUCGAACUGCUCAACAAGAGGAGUAAGACGACGUUCCCGAUGUACACGGCGCGCGCGACGCUCGAGAUCGGCAGCGGCAGCGUGUGUUCGGGCCGCGCGGUCACCACCACCACGGCGUCCAACCAGGUUGAUUCCGCAAUACCGUUUAGUUGCAUCACAACACCGGAGGUUGUGGCCAGUUGCAACACCACAUCUUCUACUUCUCAAUCUGCAGUUGCUACCGAUCCAAAGCCGCUGCAGCUGAGCUCGUGCUACCGCGCGGUGGGCGCGCCCCCCACCCCGGCCCCCGCACCCGCCCCCGCCCCCGCAUCCGCAUCCGAUUCCGCAUCCGCACCCGCCGCCGCCUCCGCCUCCACUACCACAGUCGCCCGCCGGGACCAGUCUCGCAGUGUUAUCGGCUACAACGGUCUCGCGGGAUCGCGGCAACAUGGAUUCAUAGUCGCUUCCGCACCAGAAGAACACAAGGUGCCUAUAUUCACUGUGCACUACCGUUUACAGAAAUCUCUAGACGAAAACGGCAACGCAGUACAAGGAAUCAGUUCUCCCAGUCUACACAAGAAACCUAGGAGAAAAAAGUCUUCCAAGAAUGAGACAGUUAUCAACUUGCAAAAAAUCGACGGCUACCAAGGCAACAAGGACCUGAACGAGUUGCUGCGCUUCAUAGAGUCGAACGCGGACAACGGGCGCGGUUCGAAGCUCAGCCGAACGAAGCACAAGGAUGACUCCGACGACAAGGGCGGCAAGAAGCGCUCUAACGAAAGGCGCAAAGAGAAGGAGAGUAAGAUGAAGCGCGCCACCUCAAUGGAGGAGCUCUCGCGGACCAAACUGGAGGACUUGACCGUCGAGGCGGAGUCUCCGCUCCGCUCCGACAAGAAGGAGCGGAGGUCCGACGUCGCGCCCGCCAAAGCCGAGCGGCGCUCCUGGGGCGACGACUCGCGCGACUCGUUCUACUACCGGCCCGCGGAGCCCGAGCCCGCGCCCGAGGUGACGGCCGCCGCCGCCGAGCUCACGGAGUUCCAGACCGUCACCAAGCGGCGCAAGCCGCGCCGCCGCACCGACGAGCACGAGCGCGACGACGCGCUCGCGCCGCGCCGCCCGCGCCCGCCCUCGCCCGCGCCGCGUGCGCGCCGCGAGUCAGCGCCGCCCUCCGACCGCAGCAACGACUCCAACGACGACAUGGACUCGGUGCACUCGCUGCCGGCCGCGCCGCCGCCCGCGCCCGCGCCCGCGCCGCCGCACGCCUCCUACGCGGACAUCGCGCGCACGCGCCACAACAUCCCCGACCUCAUCGAGUCCUGCAACUUCUACGCGGAGGGCGGGGACGCCGCCGCCGAGCGCCGCCGCGCCGAGCCGCCGGCCGCGCCCGGCGACGCCGACGGCUACCCGGCGCUCGAGCCGCGGCCGGCCGCCGCGCCGGGCGGGCCGCCGCGCGCGCGCACCGCCAAGCCGCCGCCGCCGGCCGCGCCGCGCCGCGACCGCAAGGAGCGCGCCGCCGAGCCGGUGGCGGAGUGCCCCGCGCCGGACGUGGUGGCCGACCGGCGGCCGCCCGUCAUCCUGCUGGACUCGGCGGCGCGGCCGCGCGACAUGGACGGAGUCACUUUCGGGUUCGACAUCAACGAGCAGCUGCUGGGCACGGCGGCGCGGCGGCCGCGCUGCGACUUGGUCCGCGACGCGCCGGACGGCGAGCCGCCGGGCGCGGGCGCCGGGUCCGGCGCCGGUCCGGCGGGCGGGCCGUCGCGCGCGGUGCCGGUGCGCGCCGGCUGCGCCGCGCUGCGGUACGUGCCGCCCGAGCCGCCGCCCGACGUGCACCACCUGCACCAGAUCAUCGAUUACGUUGGCUCGGCCUGGGAGGAUGUGAUCCGGUGCGGCGGUGGGAAGGUGCGAUAUUUUAGCGAGUAGAGCCACUGGCGCUCGUUUCCGCCGGACGGUGUGGUCCCGAAUGCCGUUCUCGAGUGAAGUGAUACCGCGAGACAACUUAUACUGUGUAUAUAUAAUAGACUACUGAUGUAUAUCUAAGAAUACGUUGCGGUCCACGCGCUCGCUCGCUGCGUGUGUGCACAUUAUUUAUGCCGCUUCGUUGUAUUUUAGUAAAAUGUAAUAUAAAGAAUCUUCCAUAGUGCCGCGGCGGUCAGUGUAAACGCACGUAUGUGAUUGGACAAUUUAGUGUAACGCGGGGUGAAGGUCACGCUUCCGCAAGCCGGUACCAGUUCAAACUUUUCGUUUCUGCUGUGAUUAAAAAUAAUAUUGUUACGUAUGUGAAGUGAACGAGAGCUACUCUAAGCAUUUAUUCAUUAAAAUUGCACAUGAAGAAAAAAAAAAAAAAAAAUAAAGCUGUUAUGCAAUAAUUCUCAUCUGAGUUUAUUAAGUAUGUUUUAUGGCCUGGUUUGGGGAGGACGGCUGGGAACUUGUCGGGUGAGAGUCUUGU